UUGAGUUUCCCAGGAACGCGCGCGCGCGCGCGCAACUGCGCGGUCAUGCGCAUGAGCAGAUUAGCUCUCUGAGGGCGGAAGUGAGGAGCGGCUGCGCAAAGGUGGGGGGCGCUGCGCUUGCUGUGGGGUGGGCGAGCUGCAGAAAUGACGGCCUCCAGGAGUCCCGUGGUUCCUGUGGCAGUGUUGCUGCUGUUGGCUUGCGGGGCUCCCUGGACCCACGGGCGGCGGAGCGACGUGCGCAUCAUCACAGACGAGAACUGGAAAGAGUUGCUGGAAGGAGAGUGGAUGAUAGAAUUUUAUGCUCCAUGGUGUCCUGCUUGUCAGAAUCUUCAACCAGAAUGGGAAAGUUUUGCUGAAUGGGGAGAAGAUCUUGAGGUCAAUGUUGCAAAAGUAGAUGUCACAGAGCAGCCAGGACUGAGUGGACGAUUUAUUAUAACUGCUCUUCCUACUAUUUAUCAUUGUAAAGAUGGUGAAUUUAGGCGCUAUCAGGGCCCAAGGACUAAGAAGGACUUCAUAAACUUUGUAAGUGAGAAAGAGUGGAAGAGUAUUGAACCCGUUUCAUCGUGGUUUGGUCCAGGUUCUGUUCUGAUGAGUAGUAUGUCAGCACUCUUUCAGCUAUCCAUGUGGAUCAGGACUUGCCAUAACUAUUUUAUUGAAGACCUUGGAUUACCAGUUUGGGGAUCAUACACAGUUUUUGCUUUAGCAACUCUGCUUUCAGGACUAUUAUUGGGACUUUGUAUGAUAUUUGUGGCAGAUUGCCUUUUUCCUUCAAAAAGGCGUAGACCACAGCCAUACCCUUCCAAAAAAUUAUUACCAGAAUCUUCUCAACCUUUGAAAAAAGUGGAGGAGGAACAAGAGGCUGAUGAAGAAGAUGUUUCAGAAGAGGAAGCAGGAAGUAAAGAAGGAACAAACAAAGACUUUCCACGGAACACCAUUAGGCAACGUUCUGUGGGUCCUUCAUUGGCCACAGAUCAAUCCUAGUUGAUUUUUAUAGAUAUCAUAAUAUGAUUUUGGCAGAAACAGAAGAUGGAUCAUUCUGGUUUGAAGUAAACUGUGACAUGCUUGUACAUUGCAGGGUUCAGUCUAGAUUGUCAUUAGAUUGGACAGACUAUCUUCAGAGAAUAAAAGUAGCACUACGUAAAAAAGUUUGAAAUAGGAUUUAAGAACAACAGUAUGAUGGUUUGAACAAUUCUUUAGGUUUUGAAAAAUCUGGUGCCAAGCAAUAAGGUUUGAGUAUUUUUAUUUAAUAAUGUUUCAGAUCUUCUGAGUUGAAAAAUUACAUUUCCCGAGUAUUGCAUUAUUGAGGUAUUUUUGGAGAUUACUUUGGAGAAGAUUUCUCAUUUGAUAUAAUUUUUCUCAGUUUCACUGUGUGAAAAAAAGAACAUAUUUCCCAUAAAUGGGAACUUUGCCCAUUGACUCGAGAAAUGUGUGGUUCAGUGACAACUCUGGUCAUUUCACAAAUAUAGUCCAAAAUUUCUUCAUAUUUUUAGAUUAUGCAACUAAUAAAGACUACCUUGCUUUAAUUAGUUUUCUACACAUGGUAAUAUAGGAUAUUCUCCUGAUUUAGGAAGUUUUUGUAUAAGUCCAUGGUGUUGUCUUGAUUCCUAUAAAGGUCGGUUGCCUUUUUUUGUUUCCCUCUGUUCACUGUAUGGUUUAUGUUUUUCUUACCAUGGGUUACAUUUUUCUUUUUCUAAAUUGGAUAAUUUUCUGGAAACAUUUUUCAUGCUUUAAUAAAUAGCCCUUUUUGUUUCAACUGAAGCUUACUGAGGAUUCCUUAAAAUUGAAAAGCUGUUUACUGAUCAUUUAAAAUUUUGGCCACUCAUUUCAGAUUUUAUGUCAUUCUGUUGAACUUCUGAGGUUUUUGUUUGUUUGUUUGUUUUGCAAAUGAAGGUGAACAUUCCUGAUUUUUAUUUGAUCUUGUAGAAAAGCCUUGAUAUUUUACAUUUGAAAAUUCAUAGAAGCUUAAUUUGAUAUAAAAUAAAGUUACCAUUCUACUCAGGAAAAAGCAUCUUAUAGUGUAUGUUUUCACUGUAUAUUCAUCAUCACACAGAAAAUUCUUAAUUGAUUUUACAAAGUCUGUGUAUGCUUGAUGUUUAAAAAUCAUAGCAUUCUUACGUUUUUGAACACAAAGUCUGUAUUCUGCUGUACUUGUUAUUGUGUAGUGUUUCACAGGUGGGCAUCAGCAGGAUGGGACAUUUAAUAUAAUUUUACACCUCAGAGAGUACAGAGCUUUCACUUUACAGCAAAAGGGGGGGGGGUGUUGGGUGGCAGUAAGAACUGUGUUAUCUACAAGAAGGGGAAAAGCCAUAACUCAGAAUGAAUCACUUGCCCAUUAUUUAAUAGACAAUUUCUGUAAUGUCCUGUUUUGUCUAGAUUCUGCUGUGUGAAUCCAUUAGACUUAUACCAUAUCGUAAUGUACAACAGUUUUCUUCAAAGACCUUGCCUUUAGAAUAUUAAAUAUUCUACCAUUGAAGAGUUUUGGAUGUAUAGUAAUUUUGUGAUGCUUUAGAAAAAUAGACUAAGCACAAAAUAAACUUUUCUAAGCACUUCA